AUGUCAGAAGACAAGACAGACAAGGUAAAAAUCAAGCAAGCAGAAAGUUUUGACCAUGAGAAGCAAAAUAUUUCCUGGCUGAAGAAAGACAACCGUACCAGCUCCCUGCCUCUCCUGGCACUCCCUGGGGUGAUGCCGAGCAGCGAGGACCAUCCAGACAACCAGCUUACAAAUGAAAAACACACAGAUGAAAAGCCUAUGAAAGGUAUUGUUAUGAGUUCUGUCGCAGAAUUCAGCAUCACAGACGCUUCAUCAAAGGGCACCAAAAAUGAGAAGAAAUUGUCAGAUGCGAGCAGAUCAUCCAUUGCUUCCCUGGAGAAAUGCAGAGAAUUCACUUACAUUGAAGAUGACGCAUCAGUACAUCAGAGGGACAGUGACGAUGAAUGUGCAACUCUUAUCCUGGCCUGCUUGUUCUGCCAAUUUUGGGACUUUCUUAUAAUGCUGCCUGAUACCUGUGAACAUUGGCUGACAGAUACCUGUUGUCCAUCCAAUAGAUAUUACCAGACCUCUGACGAAGACCACGGCAACAACGACUGCAACUGUGACUGUGACAUUGAUUGCAGCCUUUUUGAGUCCUGCCACGAGACUGGAGAAUGCCUGGAACUUGCCAUGGAAAUUUCUGAAGUCUGCUAUCGCUAAUAGGAAAACAAUUGACAAAAUUCCUCAAAGCUACCUGAAAGUGAACUGGCAAAUUACAAAGGAGAUUUUUUUUUUUUUAAGAUAUUAAUAGUAACCAGAGAUUUUACCAGUGAGGACUGUGUGCAUCUUGCUGCUCCCUCCUUGGAGGUCUGUAUAUCUGUACCGUUCUGGUUCUGUGAAUUCACAAGCUGCUGAAACCAAUAAAGGACAAAAAAGGGUCUUCUCCUUUGCCAUAGAUGACAACAGAAUUCCUAAGUGCCAAGCAUGCCACAUGCUACAUCCACUGUCAAUCCAAGGCUUUUAUAAACCUAUAAUCCCUUUAAACACAGAUUUCCCCAUUCAUAAACACAGGACAAAUUAGGACAUU